AUGAUUGAGGUUGAGGAUGAGGAUGAGAUGGAGGAUGAGGAUGAGAUGGAGGUUGAGGAUGAGAUGGAGGAUGAGGAUGAGAUGGAGGUUGAGGAUGAGAUGGAGGAUGAGGAUGAGAUGGAGGUUGAGGAUGAGAUGGAGGAUGAGGAUGAGAUGGAGGUUGAGGAUGAGAUGGAGGAUGAGGAUGAGAUGGAGGUUGAGGAUGAGAUGGAGGAUGAGGAUGAGAUGGAGGUUGAGGAUGAGAUGGAGGAUGAGGAUGAGGUCAAUGGAGGCGAAUGGAAAGCUGAGGUGAUCAUCGAGAAUCAAGGGCCCAAUCCAAUACUCUUCAAGGUGAAAGUGACAAACAAUAAACGGUGUCGUGUCAACAAUUGUGCCGACGUGAUCAUGCAGAAUAAGACGGUUACGGUGUCACUACAAGGAACCGGAGUCGAACCAAAAGAUGAGGAUCGAUUGAUCAUCAUCUACACACAAUACACCGCUCCCGCAAUUGUCGCCCCGAAUGCUUUCCUUAAAAUGAGGUGGGGUUUUGUGGCUUUGGCAAUUUUGGGUUUGGUUUCUCUGGCGCUGGCCGAAAGCAACGCCGAAGCCGAGUUUGAGACAGCCAUUGCCAUCGACGGAGACAAAGACCUAGAAGUAAUCCGCGAGAAGCGGCACGUUGGUCGUCGUCACCGCAAUAUCCGUCACAAGCGUAUCUCUCGUAUCCGUGCCCGCCGUGUUCGUCGUCUCCGACACCAACGAGCUCACCGAAAAGUUGCUCGUGCUAACAGAAACAAGAAACGAACAGUGAUUCGUGCUCGCAGACUGAACCGUACCGCGAGUCGUCGACUUCGACACGCCCGUAAAUGGUUUGCCAAGAACCGAAAGCUUCAGAAAAUCCUCCGAAAACAGAUCCUCCGGGCUCGCCGUGCUCAACGUCGAGCUCGCAUUGCUAACCGUCGUCACGCUCGACACCACCGACAACACAAACGCCGACACCACAAAAGGGGU